UCCAGCCAGGGCGCAGCGAACAGCUGAAAUGAAGAGCGAGCGGCGUAGUGUGUGUAUGCCUCUGGAUCUAAUAUCACCUACCUGUCCUUGUCACUCUGAUUCUCCGCGCAGCAAGCAGUAUCAGCCCGAUUUAUCUAUUUGCCCCUACUUCAAUCAAAACGCUGUUUUUUUUUUCUGCGACGCGAAUUAUGCUGGGUUUCUCUAAAUAGAUUUUAAGCAGUUUAAACAAAGGUCUUUUUUUUUGUUUUACUUUAAUUUGCGAGGGAGAAGCGUUGCUAUAAAUCUUGACACCAUUGAUUCCCACGUUCUGCUAUCCGUCGGACGUCUCUCUUUUUUUGCUUGCACUGAGAGAACUUAAUCUGCCUCUGACAGUGAGUCGAGCGCUUUCCUAUCCAUAUGAACUCUAUGAAGGAUCCAUUGAAUUUAGACCAUCACCACCACCACCACCACCACCACCAAACCGGGACUAAACUCUCUUCCACGCACCACAAGGCACUAGCAAUGGCCUCUAGUCUGCAGCCGUUGCAGCGGUCUGUGGACUCCAAACACCGGUUAGAGGUACACACAGUAUCGGACACCUCCAGUCCAGAGUCCGUAGAGAAAGACUCAAAGGGCCAGAGCAAAAAUGACGACUCUUCAGAUGACCCUUCUAAAAAGAAGCGACAGAGGCGACAGAGGACUCACUUCACAAGCCAGCAGCUACAGGAACUGGAGGCCACGUUCCAGCGGAAUCGCUAUCCGGACAUGUCUACAAGAGAGGAGAUAGCCGUGUGGACCAACCUCACAGAGGCCCGCGUCAGGGUUUGGUUCAAGAACCGGCGAGCAAAAUGGAGGAAAAGGGAAAGGAAUCAACAAGCUGAGCUAUGCAAGAACGGCUUCGGUCCUCAGUUCAAUGGACUUAUGCAGCCCUACGAUGAUAUGUACCCCAGCUACACGUAUAACAACUGGGCCGCCAAAGGGCUAACGUCGGCCUCCCUGUCUACCAAAAGCUUCCCUUUUUUCAAUUCCAUGAAUGUCAACCCUUUGUCAUCGCAGACGAUGUUCUCCCCGCCGAACUCCAUUUCUUCAAUGAGCAUGACCUCUAGCAUGGUGCCGUCCGCGGUCACUGGCGUGCCCGGUUCAAGCCUUAACAGCCUCAAUAACUUGAACAACCUCAGCAACCCCUCUCUUAAUUCGGGAGUUCCCACGCCAACCUGCCCGUACGCCCCGCCGACCCCCCCUUAUGUGUACAGGGACACUUGCAACUCCAGUCUGGCUAGCCUGAGACUGAAAGCCAAGCAGCACUCGAGUUUUGGAUACACCAGUGUUCAGAAUCCGGCCUCAAAUCUGAGCGCUUGCCAGUACGCCGUGGAUAGACCAGUCUAAUACCUGAGAAUACAUAAACCCCAGUCACAGGAACGAUAGACUACCUUUUUUCUUUUUCAAAAGGGCACUAGAAGACUAAACCACUGAAAUGAGCUAAACCCUGCGAUGGAGCUUUAAACUUAAACGGAAGUUAUUAGGCAUUUUUUGCUAAUGAGUAUUUUGUUCUUCACCCGCGAGUGCAGAAUUUAGGAUAGACCUACUUUAUUUUCGAAGCGUGUUUAUUUGAAAGUUUCGAAUUUUGGACGUUAAUUGACUGAAAGGUUGUAUAUAUAUAUCUAAAUAUCAUUUCCAGUUUAUUGAGGCGAAUGCUCUUGCUCUCUUCUCAAGGUUCAAUUUAACAAAGCAUGUGGAAAACCCUAAAGGAAUAAUGUUUUGCUUGCAAACAAGGGAAUGUACAUACUAAACGCACCAGUUGUGUGUUUCUAACAUAUAAAUUUAUUAAUAAAUGUCUGUGUGAAUAUCGAUUUAGAGUAGMAAUCCUGGGUAUAAAAAGACGCAUCAAAGGUUCCUGCAAAAUGACAUUGGUUUUGCUCUGUGUACACUAUUUGGUAUGGAAUUUUGUUUCGUUUUUUUCAACAUCAAAAAAAUAAACUAAUGUGUUUUAUUUAAUGGAAGUAAAUACAUUGUUCAAAACUUUUGUUGACGA